CAUAACGAGGAAAGCCGAGUAAAGGCGGACGUUGCCGAAGCGCUUCCAUUUACCGUUGUGCGUCAGUAAAAGUAGUGGGUCCGUGUUCGUGCGCUCGUUAGUAUCAGAAACAUUACAAAAGUGUGAAUUAUUUGCACGAGGACAGAAAUGACACGGCUGAAGAUAUUAUGCAUCAUCGGGGCGCUGCUGAUAACACAAAGCGCCGCCAUAUUCAGAGUCCCCCUCCAUAAAACCAGAAGCAUCCGCCGCCUCAUGAGCGACAACGGGAUGUCUCUGGAGGAGCUCCGGGCUCUAGCGAGGAGCAGCGCAGCGACGGACGGCUCCCCCUCCUCUAAAUUGCCGAUAGAAAGGCUGACCAACUUCAUGGAUGCCCAGUACUAUGGGAAGAUCAGCAUUGGCACCCCUCCGCAGGACUUCACUGUGCUGUUUGACACCGGCUCCUCCAACCUCUGGGUGCCCUCCAUCCACUGCUCUUUCUUUGACAUGGCCUGCUGGCUUCAUCAUCGUUACAACUCGAGGAAGUCGAGCACAUUCGUUAAGAACGGCACAGGGUUCUCCAUCCGGUACGGCCGAGGCAGCUUGUCUGGCUUCAUCAGUGGAGACACCGUCUCUAUUGCUGGACUGCCUGUUCCCAGCCAGCAGUUUGGUGAAGCAGUGAAGCAGCCUGGCCUCGUAUUUGCAGUGGCCCGGUUCGAUGGGGUCUUGGGCAUGGCCUACCCCUCCAUAUCAGUAGCUAAUGUCACACCGGUGUUUGACACGGCCAUGGCUGCCAAGCUGCUGCCCCAGAACAUUUUCUCUUUCUACAUAAGCAGAGACCCCACGGCAGCAGUAGGAGGAGAGCUGGUGCUGGGUGGGACGGACCCCCAGUACUACACCGGAGACCUGCACUAUGUCAAUGUCACACGAAAGGCCUACUGGCAGAUCAAGAUGAAUGGAGUUGACGUUGGCAACAAGCUGACUCUCUGCAAAGCCGGUUGCCAGGCUAUUGUCGACACAGGAACAUCCCUAAUUGUGGGUCCUGCGGAGGAAAUCCGAGCACUGCACAAAGCCAUCGGAGCUCUGCCCUUGCUGAUGGGAGAGUACUGGAUCGACUGUACGAAGAUCCCAUCACUCCCGACCAUCUCCUUCAACAUUGGAGGGAAGAUGUUUAACCUGACUGGAGAGGAUUAUAUCAUGAAGGAGUUUCAGAAGUUUUCACCAAUCUGUCUGUCAGGCUUCAUGGCCAUGGAUAUCCCGCCUCCUGCUGGGCCCCUGUGGAUCCUGGGAGACGUAUUCAUCGGGAAGUACUACACUGUGUUCGACAGGGCCGCCGAUCGUGUGGGGUUUGCCUCGGCCAAGUAGUUAACUGAACACUGUGUGAAAUAUGUUGCACUUAAAAUUUCUAACAGUCCUUUCGCUUUUCAAGGUUGCACCAAGCGAAGCUAAAUUUCAUCAUCGAUGUUGCGUUAUUUCAUUUGCAGCAAUCAAAAGCAUUGAGUGGUUGUUGUAGAUCACUGCAGGACCUGGCUUGCCACAUAAAUAUAUCACGUGUGCUUGUAGUAAUGAGGUUUCCAGGAGAAACUGGCUGCUGAUGAGCACGUAUGGAUGCUACAUUAAUAUCCAUCUCCACACAUUUAGCCAGGAGGGUCUAUGUUUUGUGCCUCUGAAAAGAAGCUGCUUAACUCGGUUUCUUUCACUCGUCUGUGAAUCUGCUUUUUGCUUUGAGCUUCAUCCUUUGAUUUGUUCAGACCAAUGCAUUUUGACGUAUUUAUGCCGUUUACUUUGUUCUGGGAUGGAAUUUUGUUUAAUUCCGAACAUUUCCAGCUGCCAAUGUCUAAUGAUAGAUAUUAUAAUUGGGGCUGCUUUUGUGCAUUGACGUUCUCAGCUAUGUGAAUUUUAUUACCAAAUCACCCUGAAUAAAACUUUAAAUGUUUUUUUUCAAAUUUUGAAUGGAUUUGUUAAUACUAAUCUUUCAUGCAAGUAUUUCACAAUCAAACAAAAAGCACAGGUAAACCUACAGAAUGUCUUUUUUUUUUUUUUUUUUAAAUAUUUAAUGAAGUAUACAAAGUGCUUCAAGGUUGGACUCCAGAGCUAAAAUAAAAAAAGCUCGGGGAAAAUACAGAGCAUGCAACAAACAAUAUGGCUA